AUGAUUGCCAGCCGUUUACCAAUACUCCAGUUGAUGAAACGUUUAACGUGGACCUUCCAUCCAUUUCUCCGUACUCCGUUUGACAAGGCAAUACUCCACCUCCACCUCGAGAGGUCUAUUGAAGAAGAAUGUUUGGCUGAUGAUUCGCGGGUCUACAUCACCAUCAUCACCAUCAUCACCAUCAUCGUCACUGUUCACAUUCUCUUCUCUAUCCCCAUUCUCGUCUUCAUCGUCAUCUUCUUACUGGUCCGUCUUGUCUUCAAGAUCUUUCCGCCCAUCUUCCGCAACCCCUAG